AGAUUUUUUUCUUUUUUUCUGCAACUCUCUCUCCCUCGCGACUCUCUCUCUCUCGUUCUCUUCUCUUGGCGAAUCGGAAGAAAUCUACAACACUUCGACUUGAUUUUUUUCUUUUUUCUGCAACUCUCUCUCCCUCGCGACUCUCUCUCUCUCUCGUUCUCUUCUCUUGGCGAAUCGGAAGAAAUCUACAAAACUUCGACUUCAUCUCACCUCCGAUCAUCUUCUCAGGAUCCAACGCGAUGACAAACCCAAACCCAACCGUUGAUUGAAAGCAGCUUCGCCGGUCGCCGUCAGUAACAAACUAACAAAUAAACCUCAGCUUAACUCGAUCUGGCACUGGCAGGUCUGAGAUUCCAUCCCGAAGAAGAUUUGACGUAACUUGAUGGAGCGUUUGUCGUCACUUCUGCUGGUUUUAAUCAUCGGUGGACUCCUAACUCCACUAGGAGGAGUGUCACUCCCGACCUUGACAAUCCAUAGUCCCGACGGGGAUCUCAUCGACUGCAUCAGGCGAGAAGAUCAAAUAGCCUUCCGCCAUCCGCUUCUCAAAAACCAUUUAAUUCAGGAAGCACCAACGGACAUGCCAUAUACGGUGAACAAAGAAGAAAAUGGAUGGCAAGUCUGGCACAAGAACGGGACAAAAUGUCCUGAGGGGUCUAUUCCAGUACGACGGCUACCUUUACAUCAGAACCAGACGGUCCAGACGAUCAGUUCUAACGCCGCGGAUAGAGUCAUCAAUGGACAUGAGUUCUAUAAGCGGGUUUUCAUUUUAGUGGGUUUCAAACAACACUCUCUAUUGGUUGGUGGAUUCUAA